GGGUAGGUGUUCUUCACCUAAACAGUUUUUUGAGGCAAACAUUAUAAAAUGGUUUGUUGACUGCUGAUGGCAGUAUUUCGAGUUUCCUGUUUGCAGACAUUUCUCCAUUUAGUGACACACGGUUCACUCUGUUGUACAGUAUUGGGUCCUGGGAUAGAUCAAAACUUUGGGAUGUCAUUUGCUUAGGUAAAUUAUUCCCAAGGCUGAGGAUGCAUACAUCUUAACUUGCUUUUGAGUCUCUAACAGAAUGAUGGUGGUGUGAUAAACACAGAAGCAGUGCUCCUAUUAUCUAUCACAGCUCUUCUAAGACUGGUGAUACCAAUCACUUCUUAACCUCCAGUUUGGGAAAGAGUGUGAAGAGAGAGGUAAAAAAGGCAACGUUGCACAACAAAAACAAAAACAGCAUCUUUCCACACUAACCACCCCUCUGAAGUUACACAUUAACCCCAUUAACAGUCUGGUAAGGCAGGGAGGGAAAAUGAGAUAAAUUCUCAAUGAUUUUAAAGUGUAUUUGUUUCUGUUUCAUUGGAGACUCUUAAAGUGUGUGUGUGUGUGUGAAAGAGAUAUCAAGGUUUUUGAUUGAGCGUUAUCAAAAAUAUAAAAAAAAGUUUGAUAAGUAAAUCUUUAAACAUAGCACCAGGCUACGGUUUUUCUUCAUGCAAAUCUUAAUGCCUGACUUUUGAACGGAUUUUAGACAUAAUACUAAUAACAAUUUUUUAAAAAUUAAAAGUUUCAGAGUCCUCUACAAUGUUUUCAUGGUGGAUCGAUGUCCACAGCGAUUUCCAAAGUGACGUACCUUCAUCCCAAUUAACCAACUGCAAGUGAGAGGAAGAAUGCAAUCUUCUGCCUUUCCUAGUAUGUGAUCGGAAAGGAUCAGAAAGUGGAGUCAGAAAACAUCGGUUCCAAUUUGUGUUCUACAACCUGACGACUUGGAUGAUGUUUGGCCUCUUGGAACGCCAGGAGGUUCAUUUGAAAAUCUGAGAUAAUAGCUACCACAUUAUAUAGUUCAGACGUAUAUCUGAACUCACAAGUGGAACCGCUGAACCCGAUACAGCAGUGGGGCUACAAAAAAGUGGGCGAAUCCGAGCCAGUGAUGUCAUUCCCUUAGACCGACCCUGAAAUUCUUGGGCACCUGGGCUGUGCUGGGCACACUCGGGAAAGCCUCGGCACAAUGGCGCCCUUAGGCUCUUUGCUUACUCAAGCGGCGGAAUUUUUAGUAGCUCUUUUGAACCAUGUGAGCGUUUUCUUCCAGUCCUCUCCACAGACCUCGCCAAGCCUCUCCUCCCAAGGCCUCACUCGGAGAAACAUAACCGUACCCACGUUUACUCCGCGUCCUCCCCCACGCACCACCCGUAAGGAAGUGAGGAGGAAAGAAUGGCUUGGUCUUUAUAGGCCUUGCCAGCCAAUGAGCGUGCUGCCUUUCUUCCGGUCGGCGAGCCGACCAAUCCGAGCACGUCGGUGUAAUCUUCGGCUUCUCUCGGCUCUCUUCGCUGAUGCGGGCAGCGUGGGGGCCGCCGCCGCUACCGAGACGCUUUCCUUUUUUUAUUUUUUUUCCAUGUGUUCACUUCCGGGUCCAGCGCCGAUCCGGAUGCCCGAGGCAGUAGGAUGUUUGACCUCCGGAUAAGCGAGGCACCGCUGUGCAUUCAUUCCCGGCUGCAUCGGUGGCGACAGCAGCGGCCCGGGCGGCGACUCUUCGGCCAGAGGCGGCGAUAGGAGCCACCGGCAGCAGUGCAGGGACUGAGUCCGAGCCGAGCUGCGUUACCUCCCUCGCUCGUUCCUUCCCCCUACCUCGCUCGCUCCCUCCCUGCGUGGCUCGCUUUCCUUCUCCGGCCGCCGGCGGGUGUGAUGUGCCGCCGCCGCUGCCUCCGCCGCCGCUGACUGACCGACCGGGGGGGGCGCCGCCCGCGUCCGGGACCGACCCAGCUGCUCGCGGCCGCGCCUCUGAGCUCUCUAUCAAUAUCAACGCACAUCAUUGAAAAGAUAAUUUUGAAGACAUGUUUUGCUGAAAAGACAGCUGAGAAAAAUUUUACGAAUGGGAUGAACACGCACCAGUUAAUUGACUACCUACUGCAAUUUGAAUGUUAACGUUAUCCGGCUGGUACAGUUACCUAGUGAUGUACCUAUUCUCACAAUACCCUAUUUCAGUGUGCUUGUCUUGAUUAAAGAAUUCAAAGUGGAGUACCGCAAACUUGAUAUGGAUAAUAAAAAGAAAGACAAAGACAAGUUAGAUGAUAGAAUGGCACGACCUAGUGGUCGGUCGGGACACAACACUCGAGGGACUGGGUCUUCAUCCUCUGGAGUUUUAAUGGUUGGACCUAACUUUAGAGUUGGAAAAAAAAUUGGAUGUGGCAAUUUUGGAGAAUUACGAUUAGGGAAAAAUUUAUACACAAAUGAAUAUGUGGCAAUUAAACUGGAGCCUAUGAAAUCCAGAGCACCACAGCUACAUUUGGAAUAUAGAUUCUACAAGCAGUUAGGAUCUGGAGAUGGUAUACCUCAAGUUUACUAUUUUGGCCCUUGUGGUAAAUACAACGCUAUGGUGCUGGAACUGCUGGGACCUAGUUUGGAAGAUUUGUUUGACUUGUGUGACCGCACAUUUUCUCUUAAAACAGUUCUCAUGAUAGCUAUCCAACUGAUUUCUCGCAUGGAAUAUGUUCAUUCGAAGAACUUGAUAUACAGAGAUGUAAAACCUGAGAACUUCUUAAUAGGACGACCAGGAAAUAAAACCCAGCAAGUUAUUCAUAUUAUAGAUUUUGGUUUGGCAAAGGAAUAUAUUGAUCCAGAGACAAAGAAACACAUACCAUACAGAGAACACAAGAGCCUUACGGGAACAGCUAGAUAUAUGAGCAUAAACACACAUUUAGGAAAAGAACAAAGUAGAAGAGAUGACUUAGAAGCCUUAGGUCAUAUGUUCAUGUAUUUUUUGAGAGGCAGCCUUCCUUGGCAAGGUUUAAAGGCUGACACAUUAAAAGAGAGGUAUCAGAAAAUUGGAGAUACAAAACGAGCUACACCAAUAGAAGUGUUAUGUGAAAAUUUUCCAGAAGAAAUGGCAACGUAUCUUCGUUAUGUAAGAAGGCUAGAUUUUUUUGAAAAACCAGACUAUGACUACCUAAGAAAGCUUUUUACUGACUUGUUUGAUCGAAAAGGAUAUAUGUUUGAUUAUGAAUAUGAUUGGAUUGGUAAACAGUUGCCUACGCCAGUGGGGGCAGUUCAGCAAGAUCCUGCUCUGUCGUCAAACAGAGAAGCACAUCAACACAGAGAUAAGAUGCAACAAUCCAAAAACCAGUCGGCAGACCACAGGGCAGCUUGGGACUCCCAGCAGGCCAAUCCCCACCAUUUGAGAGCUCACCUUGCAGCAGACAGACAUGGUGGCUCGGUACAGGUUGUAAGUUCUACAAAUGGAGAGUUAAACACAGAUGACCCUACUGCAGGACGUUCAAAUGCACCCAUCACAGCCCCUACAGAAGUGGAAGUGAUGGAUGAAACUAACUGCCAGAAAGUGUUGAACAUGUGGUGCUGCUGUUUUUUCAAACGAAGGAAAAGGAAAACCAUACAGCGCCACAAAUGACUCCGGACACAGACAGAUCGUGGGGAGUUACUUACGUGUUCAUCUGCUGUCUUGUGAUUAAAAUCAUCUCUGUAGUGACCACAUAUUUUCAAGGACUCACUCUUAGAAAGAAAGAUGUUAUACUUUCACACAUUUUGUGGUUGUCUUACAUUCAUUUUUUUUUUCUAACUUAACUUUUAUGGAAGCUUUAAAGUUUUGUCAAAACAUGAGUGCUUUGCCCAUCAGGGAAGGGAAUGGACCAAUGAGGUAGUAUUGAUGAAAACAGUUCUAUAGAACAUUUUUCAGAAGCUCUCCUCCUGUCGUAGAAAGCAGUACAGUAUCUUAAAUGUCAGCCAGUUACAUACCUAAUCUGGUUUUUUAUAACCAACGCAAGAGCAUACUCAAAUAGGAAUUUUCUCCCCAAUGGAUAACGCAACAGAGAAAACAGAGUUGCCCUAGUAUUUGAAAGAGGUUAUUCGUGAGAAGUUCAUUUUUGGCGUGACAUCUGAAUUGAUCAGUAUUACUGAUGGUACUGCUAUUCAUGAGUCCUGUUAACAUUCUUUCUGUGAAAUCAUGGUACAGUCACUGCCAGAGGUACUGAGGAAAAAGCUCUAUGGGUUCGGCACAUGGUAGUGGUAAAAUGAAUCACAAGUAAUGUGGUUAAUACAAGCUCUGCUUCUGUUGCACCACUGUGUGAAGUACAGUGUUGGCCGAAGUAGCAAAAGUGCUUAUUUUAAAGAAUGCAAAAUAUUUGUCUAAUGUAACUUCAUGCUUCCAGAUAAUAAUGUGUGUUAGACAGCAAGACACGAAUACUUUGAGAAAUGAGAUAUGUUGGAGUUUUUUUGUUUUCUUUUUUUUAAAUACACUAAGGAGAAGAAAUAAAUGUGAAAUUCAUUGCAGUGUAGAAGGUUGAAGUCUAAGGAGAUCCCACUGAAACCCACUGCUGACUGAUUACAUUCUCCCUUAAGCAGGAAACUUUGGAUGUGCCAUGCAGUGGUAUCUGUUGAUUAAUUAUUUGCUCUUUGAUAAAAAAAAAAAAAAGAGAGCCCCAGCAAUAAAAACUGGGUCACUUUAUUGCCCUCUGUGCACAUUAGUCUUCUUGUAUUCAACUUUGCUGGUUCUCUGGAAUUUUCCUACUUUUUAGCAUAAUUUUGAUGAUUGAAAACUAUUUUGGAGAGGAUGGGUCAGGUGCUUUGCCUCCAUAGUCUUUUGAAGUGCCUGCAUAUGAACAAAGUAAUGGUUCUGUAAAAAAGGAAACGCAUUCCACUUGUCAAGUAUCCUUUGUUUUAAGUCAUAAAGACACAGGUGUACUUUUGUCACAUUCUUCCAGCCAGAAUUUUCAAGAAGAGUUAAAACAAAAAGACUGACUAGAAUGAGAAUUAUGCUGUUCAAAUCUCAUAUUCACCUUUCACUAUAAAAUUGUUACUUACUCCUUCCACGCAGCCCUUCUUUGUCUCUAAGUGUGUGCCUUCAGGCACGCUUAUUUAUUUAUUUUUUGUCUCAAGGUAACAUUUAAAAUGUGUAAUUAAAGUAAAUAAAUCUACAUUUUUGACUUCAUUAUUGCAUUUACAGGGAUUUAAUUGUACUUUGUAAUUUAUUUUUCUUACUAGCUAAAAGUUCAAUGCAUUGUUUUAAAUUAGGCACCCAUUUGAAUACCGCAAAUUGGACAUUGUUUAUCAUUGUUGCUCUGAAACCUAUGAAUGAUCUUUUUAAGUUCUUGAUUUUAAAGAUCUACGUUUAACCUAGAAAACAUUUGCUGUAUAAUUUGGUCAACAGUUUCCAUCCUAUCUAUUUGUAUACUGUCAUGAUGUUUUAAACUACAGGAGUCACAUACUAAGUUGUUGUUCUUGUUUGCUUUGAGCAAGGUAGAUGGAUGUUUUGGCCAUUAUAAUGUGAAACCACUUCUUUCUUUACAGUAUUUGACCAAAUUUGUGUGUCUAUGAUAUUUGUAAAUACAUGCGAUAUCUGUAUUUCUUAUAAGCCUAUUUAGUUUUAUUCUCAGUAGGGUUUUUGGACUGUACAGUGUUUAUAUGAUCUGAACUCCUUAUACAUAAGAAGGUGUGUAUAUUAAUUCAAUUAUGGACUUAAAAUAUUUUAAAAGUAUAAAUACCCUUAUUUGCUGCAAAGACCAGUGUGUAGACAUUUGCUUUUUAGCAAUAUUUUUAAGUGCUCCAUUUUAAUGCCAAGGAAUAAAUCUUUUGGCAACACAAACUGGUCAAUAAUAGGUAAUGCAGGUAUGUUCAGGUUAAGCCAACAACGUUUUGCAUUUUUAUGCUUCUUUUCUGUCAACACUAAUGAAGUCAACGUUGCCUGAAUGUCUGAAUAAUGAAACACAUCCCUGUUUAAAAGUCUGUAACUGAAAAAGAAAUAAAAAAUAAAGGUAGUUUUUUUAAACUUGCUCUUUCCCCUUUCCUCUAAUCAUGGGUAAAAUAAUGCCACACACUAAUUUGAGAUAGGAAUCUUUAAAAUUCAGUUCAUUUAGUUUAUAUACGGGAGAUGCGGAGCUAAAAGAAUAUGCUUUUUUGUUUGUUUCUUUUGCUUUGUUGGACCCCCUUGUAUAGAGCACAUACCAGGAAGUAUCUAAACUUUCUUUAAUGAAAGUUGAAAAAAAUUUUUUUUACACUUCUAUGAACUACUUAAUGGAGCAGUUAAUUAAA